CAUCGGAUUAGCCCUAAAGCGAGUCAUUGUUAGACCAAGGAAGAGAAGGACAGUAGAUAUCUCCAGAAAAAUAAAAUGUUGUUCUUCUCAUAUUUCAAGGACUUGGUCGGCAGAGAAGUAACCGUGGAACUGAAGAACGAUUUGGCCAUUCGGGGCACCUUGCAUUCCGUUGAUCAGUACCUCAACAUCAAGCUCGAGAACACUAGGGUUGUCGAUCAGGAUAAUUACCCUCAUAUGCUUUCGGUGAGGAAUUGUUUCAUUAGAGGAUCUGUAGUGCGAUACGUCCAGCUACCUCCAGAUGGAGUUGACAUCGAAUUGCUUCAUGAUGCCACGAGGAGAGAAGCUCGGGGUGGCUAAAAUCUUGUGGCCUUGAAUCAAUGUAAUUUAUGAACAUCCCAACUCAAUUUUUGGAUGUAACACUUCUUUCUAAAUGGCCUGUGGCUCAAAAUUUCAACCAGGUAUUAAUUGAAGUGUGUACUACUAGGAGGUAUUUUCAUUUAGAAAUUUCAGGCUCUACGUUACUUAGAAAAGGAAAAUGUUUCAUGAGAGUAUUGCAUGCAGCAAGUGAUGAUUUCUAAUCUUUGUUUUCAUAGAAUUC